AUGGUGGAGGAGAUCCAGCGAGUCAUCGAAUCGGUGGUGCAAUUCGGCGAAUACCGAAGGACGCAGAGAAAGGAAAGCCACAACCUCGUGCGUCGUUUCAAGCUUAUGCUUCCGCUCCUUGAAGACCUUCGCGACAUUCCCCAACCCUUUCCCCAAAACGGCAUAGUUUGGUUAACCAAACUCAAGGACGCGCUUUUAUCUGCCAAGGACUUGUUGAAAUUGUGCAGCCAAGGAAGCAAGAUUCACCUCGCAAUGGAGUGCGAGUCCGUUAUGAUUAGGUUUCAGAGUGUGUAUGACAAAUUAAGCCAAGCAUUUGAUGGUGUGCCUUGUGAUGAAUUGGGGAUCUCCGAUGAAGUUAAAGAACAGCUUGAGCUAAUGCACGUGCAACUGAGGCGAGCCAGAAGAAGAACUGAUACACAGGACAUAGAACUUGCAAUGGAUAUGAUGGUGGUAUUUUCUGAAGAGGAUGAUAGAAAUGCUGAUAGUGCUAUUAUUGAAAGGCUAGCAAUAAAGCUGGAGCUUCAUAGUGUUGAGGAUCUUAUUGUAGAAACAAUGGCUAUUAAGAACCUUGCUGCAGAAAGAAAAGGGCAACAUGCUGAGAGUACCAAGCGAAUAAUUGGCCUUCUUAACAAAUUCAAACGAAUUUCAGGAAUGGAAGAAACCAAUGUCCUUGAUGAUCCAACCACACCCAAGACGCUUGAGAGGUCUACAUCUUUGGUCAUCCCUCAUGAGUUUCUCUGCCCAAUAACUCUAGAAAUCAUGACAGAUCCUGUUAUUGUUGCAAGUGGACAGACAUAUGAAAGAGAAAGCAUAGAGAAGUGGUUCCAGUCAAACCAUAACACCUGCCCAAAGACUAGGCAAACUUUGGCUCACCUAUCAUUAGCACCAAACUGUGCAUUAAAAAACUUGAUUGAAGAAUGGUGUGAGAAAAACAACUUCAAACUACCUAAAAAAUAUUCUGCUUCUUGUCAAGAAAGCUGUUCCAUUGAGAACAAAGAUGAAAUUCCAUCUUUGGUGGAGAGCCUAUCGUCUAUUCAUUUAGAAGAGCAGAGAAAGGCAGUGGAGAAAAUACGUAUGCUAUCAAAGGAGAAUCCUGAGAACAGGAUUUUGGUUGCUGAACACGGAGGAAUACCACCAUUAGUUCUACUCCUAUCCUACCCAGAUUCAAAAAUACAGGAACAUGCUGUGACAGCACUUUUAAAUUUAUCAAUUGAUGAGGGUAACAAGAAACUUAUAUCUAAAGAAGGUGCCAUUCCAGCUAUUAUAGAAGUGUUGGAGAAUGGGAGUUGUGUGGCUAAAGAAAACUCAGCAGCAGCAUUAUUUAGCUUGUCAAUGCUUGAUGAAAAUAAAGAAAUUGUGGGUCAAUCAAAUGGGUUCCCUCCUUUGGUGGAUUUAUUGAGGAAUGGAACAAUUAGAGGGAAGAAAGAUGCUGCUACAGCACUUUUUAACUUAUCCUUAAACCAUGCAAAUAAAGGUAGAGCCAUUAGAGCUGGUAUUGUGACACCCUUACUUCAAUUGCUUAAGGACAUUAACUUGGGUAUGAUUGAUGAAGCUCUCUCCAUUUUGUUACUCCUUGUAUCAAAUUCAGAAGGAAGACAAGAGAUUGGACAACUCUCCUUCAUUGAAACACUUGUUGAGUUCAUGCGAGAAGGAAGUCCAAAGAACAAGGAAUGUGCAGCUUCUGUUCUUCUUGAGUUGUGUUCAAAUAAUUCAUCUUUUAUAUUGGCAGCACUUCAGUUUGGAGUGUAUGAGCAUUUAACUGAGAUCAAACAAAAUGGAACAGAUAGAGCAAAGAGGAAAGCAAUUGCAACCUUAGAUCUCAUAAGCAGAAGCGAGCAAAUUUAA